CAAUGGAUGUUUUAGACGAAGAUCGAAGGCGGAGGACCAAUGUGCUGGAACAGGAGAUGCGCAACCCCUAUAGCAUUUGCAAUGUCGACUGCCUGCUAGACACUGUGACGGCUCUGGUGAAUGACUGUGAUCAUGAGUCACUGAAGCGGCUGAAAAAUAUCGAACAAUAUGCCGCGAAAUAUAAACCCCUGGCUCAACAAAUCUGCCAGCUGCGCAUGAAUGUCGAUGAUUUUGAUUUUAUCAAAAUUAUUGGUGCUGGAGCCUUUGGCGAGGUGCAGCUGGUACGCCACAAAUCCUCCCGCCAAGUGUACGCCAUGAAGCGUCUCUCAAAAUUUGAAAUGAUGAAGCGUCCCGAUUCGGCAUUCUUUUGGGAGGAACGACACAUUAUGGCCCAUGCCAAUUCCGAAUGGAUUGUUCAGCUGCAUUUUGCCUUUCAGGAUGCUAAAUACUUGUAUAUGGUUAUGGAUUAUAUGCCGGGUGGAGAUAUCGUGUCCCUUAUGUCAAUGUAUGAAAUUCCCGAGAAAUGGGCCAUAUUCUAUACAAUGGAAGUGGUCUUGGCCCUGGAUACGAUACACAAUAUGGGUUUUGUACAUCGUGAUGUUAAGCCGGAUAAUAUGUUGCUGGAUCGUCAUGGUCAUUUGAAAUUGGCAGAUUUUGGUACCUGUAUGCGUAUGGGCCCCAAUGGUUUGGUUGUGUCCAGUAAUGCUGUCGGUACACCGGAUUAUAUUAGUCCGGAGGUGUUACAGAGCCAGGGUGUGGAUAAUGAAUAUGGGCGGGAAUGUGAUUGGUGGUCGGUGGGUAUUUUCCUGUAUGAAAUGCUGGUGGGCGAUACGCCCUUCUAUGCCGACUCCUUGGUGGGGACAUAUGGCAAAAUUAUGGAUCACAAGAACUCGUUGAAUUUCCCAGCCGAAGUGGAGAUUAGUGAGAAUGCCAAGAGCCUGAUACGAGCAUUUCUCACCGAUCGUACACAGCGUUUGGGUCGUCGGGGUAUUGAUGAGAUUAAGGCCCAUCCAUUCUUUCAAAAUGACACAUGGAGUUUUGAUAACAUAAGGGAAAGUGUCCCGCCCGUUAUACCCGAAUUGUCUUCCGAUGAUGAUACAAGGAAUUUUGAGGAUAUUGAAAGGGAUGAAACGCCCGAGGAGGUAUUCCCAGUGCCGAAGAAUUUCGAUGGCAAUCAUUUACCAUUUAUAGGGUUCACCUACACCGGAGAUUAUCAGCUCUUGUCGAACAAUGAUACCGUCGAUGCCAAGGAGAAUAAUAUGAACUCCGUAAAUCAUAAUCAUCGGCAUCGACCCUCCAAUUCGAAUGAAAUUAAACGUUUAGAGGCUUUACUGGAGAGAGAGCGUAAUCAUGUGGAAACCCUAGAGAAGCAGGACAAAUCCCUGCGGCAACAAUUGGAGCUGAUAAGCCAAAGAGAAACGGAACUGCAGAGUAUGGCUUCGGAAUAUGAAAAGAAUUUGGCCAUAACUCAACACAACUAUAAAAUGGCUUUGCAGAAGUUCGAACAGGAAAUUGAGUUGAGAAAGAAGACCGAGAUUCUGCUGGCGGAGACCCAGAAAAAUCUCGAUAAUGAACAGAAAAUCAGGACACGGGAAAUGAAUAACAAUCAGCACCACAAUGAGAAGAUUCUCACCCUGGAGAAACAACUUAAAGAGAUGGAAGAGAAUUUCAAAAAUGAAACGGAAAAUGCCCAGAAGUUAAAGAAGCAGGCAGCGGAAUGGGGUCUCGCCAAACAGGAACUGGAAGCAAAAAUAGCCCAAUUAAAUUUGAUGAUCACCAGUCUACAGGGUCAGAAGGAAACCCUGCAGCAGGAGGUUGCCGAACUCCAAGCCCAAUUGGCGCAAGAGAAAAAUUCCCGAUCCCAAUUGAAGGAACUGCAAAAAGAAACGGAAAAUAAACUGCAAUCGAUUGUAAAUGAUUUGGAAAGGGCCAUACAGCGGGAACAACAAGCCUAUGAAGAUAAUCGGAUCCUCAAUGAAAAAAUCUCUGAUUUGGAAAAGGCCCAUGCCGGCUUAGAUUUCGAAUUGAAGGCUGCCCAGGGCCGCUACCAACAGGAGGUAAAAGCUCAUCAAGAAACCGAAAAGUCACGCAUGCUUAGUCGCGAGGAGGCCAAUCUGCAAGAGGUCAAGGCCCUGCAAACCAAACUUAAUGAAGAAAAAUCGGCACGCAUUAAAUCCGAUCAAAAUUCUCAAGAAAAAGAACGACAGCUCUCCAUGCUCUCUGUCGACUAUCGGCAAAUCCAGCAGCGUCUGCAGAAACUCGAAGGUGAAUGCCGCCAAGAGGCCGAAAAGGUAUCCGUCCUGCAAUCCCAACUCGAUCAGGAAUAUAGUAAAAAGAAUUCCCUACUCUCCGAUCUGAGUUUAAAGAGCUCCGAAGUGGCCCAUCUCAAGUCACGAGAAAAUCAACUGCAAAAGGAGCUCACCGCCCUGCGGGAGAACAAACGUAAAUACGAAGAAGAUAUGGCCCAGCUGAAAAUUUCCCUCAACAAAGAGAUCCUUCAAAAGAAGGAGUUGCAAGAUCAGUUGGAUGCUGAGCAAAUAUUUUCCCGCCUCUAUAAAGCCCAGGCCAAUGAACAUCGUGAAGAGAUUGAGGAACGUUGUCGUGAAAUUCAAGACCUCAAAGAGGAACGUAUCUCGCUCAAACAUCAAGUCCAGGUGGCUGUGGCCCGAGCCGACUCUGAAGCCUUGGCACGUUCCAUUGCCGAGGAAACAGUGGCCGAUUUGGAAAAAGAGAAAACCAUCAAGGAAUUGGAACUGAAAGAUUUCAUGACAAAACAUCGCAAUGAAAUUGCGGCCAAGGAUGCUCUGCUCAACGCCGCCAAGGAAACGGAGUCCGACUAUGUUAAGAAACUCAAUCAAAAGAAUUCCGAAUAUGAUGAACUGCAGCAACAGAAUAAGAAACUGCAAGAGGAAAUUGUCCAAGUGAAGACAACGAAAGAGGAGGAGAUUGGUAAACUCAAGGAGAAAUGGAAGACGGAAAUGUUGCUGAAACAGGUGGCCGUUAAUAAAUUGGCGGAGGUUAUGAAUCGACGUGAUACCGAUUUGAAACAACAAAAAGGCAAAGCCCGCUCAUCGGCCGAGCUGCGCAAGAAAGAAAAGGAAAUGCGUCGCCUACAACAGGAAAUGCAACAAGAGCGUGAUAAAUACAAUCAAUUGUUACUUAAAUAUCAAGAUCUGCAAAGUCAGGCCAUUGAAGACAGUCAUAUUAAACAAAAACUCCAAAUGGAAAUCGAUUGCAAAGCAACCGAAAUUGAAAAACUCCAAUCGAAACUUAAUGAAACAGCAUCCUUGUCAUCUGCCGACAAUGAUCCCGAAGAUAAUCAAAAUUCAUCUCUGCUUUCACUUACACAGGAUUCGGUAUUUGAGGGCUGGCUGAGUGUGCCCAAUAAACAGAAUAUUCGACGCCAUGGCUGGAAGCGUCAAUUUGUUGUGGUAUCAUCGCGCAAAAUUAUAUUCUAUAAUUCGGAAAUCGACAAACAGAAUACCAUUGAUCCUGUGCUAAUAUUAGAUUUAAGCAAAGUAUUUCACGUACGUUCAGUAACUCAGGGUGAUGUUAUUAGAGCCGAUGCCAAAGAGAUACCGCGCAUAUUCCAAUUAUUAUACGCCGGCGAGGGUGAGGCCCGCAGACCCGAUGAACAACAGCAAUUGGAUAUGAGUAUGAUAAGGGGUGGUGCAGGUGAUGAAAGACCAGGAUCCAUAAUACAUAAAGGCCAUGAAUUUGUGCAUAUAACCUAUCAUAUGCCAACAGCUUGUGAAGUAUGUCCUAAACCCUUGUGGCAUAUGUUUAAGCCGCCGGCGGCGUAUGAAUGCAAAAGAUGCCGCAAUAAAAUCCACAAGGAACAUGUCGACAACAAUGAUCCUUUGGCCCCGUGCAAACUUCAUCAUGAUCCUCAUAGUGCCAGAGAAAUGCUUUUGUUGGCCUCCACGCCCGAUGAACAAAAUCUCUGGGUAUCACGUCUCUCUAAACGUAUCCAAAAAUGUGGAUAUAAGGCAAAUUCCUCAUCAAAUAAUAAUAGCAAUAAUUCAGAUGGUAGUAAAAUAUCACCAAGCCGUUUGAAAAUCUUACAACAUCAAUUAUCAUCGCCAAAAUCGUAGUAGGACACCCCAAUAUUCGUCAUCAUUCUCGUCACAGUUUUCACAGCGUCUAAGUAAUCGUUUGCUCAACAGUUUUAUACGGCGUUUCAGGGCCAAA